AUGUCAUUACAGAAGCUAACUGCUGAAAUAUAUCAUCUGUUUGAAAAAGAAGACUAUGGCAAAUGCCAGCAAUUGUUGAUGCCCAUAAAACUAGAAUUGGUCAAGCAUAAUUUACUACUACCAUUAGCAUCAAACACCCAAACCAGCGACCAAAUAAACGAUAUAAGAAUAACGCAAAGAAUCUUGGAAAUUGGGGCAUUGUCAUCCUUGCUCCAGAAUGACUACUCGAGCUUUGAAAACUAUUUUGCUCAGUUGAAACCUUUUUACACAAAUGGUAAGUUGCACAAUUUGAAGAAAGCUCACGUGAAUACCGAUGCAACAAAGAUUAUCUCGUUGUACUUGCUAUAUCUAUUGAGCCAGGGCUUGAGUUCGAAAUUCCAUGUAGAAUUGGAGUCUAUUUACAAUUCACAGCAGUUUGAUGUCGAGCAGGACAAGUACUUGAGCUUCCCCGUUGAUUUGGAAAGUAACUUGAUGGAGGGCAACUACAUCAAGAUUUGGAAAUUGUUAAAGGAGGAGAAAAACUUGCCAUGUAAGGAGUUUACUCAUUUUGUCGACACGUUGAUUCACGCUUUGAGAUUGGAAAUCGCCAAAAGUUUGCAAAUCUCGUACGCGGAAAUCCCCAUCUCAAAUUGCAAGAAUCUCUUGUAUUUACCGCAAGAGAUGAGCGAUGCCACGUUUGAACAAACUUUGAAAAACUCGUUGGAGUUGAAGAACUGGCGAUUCGAGAAUGGAGUCAUCUACUUUAGCAAGCCCGAGGAAGAACUUAAUGUUGAUAACGAAUCCAUCAUCAAGAAUGUAUUGGGUUAUGCGGAACAAAUAGAGUCAAUAGUAUAA